AGGAAAAAUCAUCCAUUAACAUCUUGUGCUAGGAUGAAAUAGGUCGGAAUUCUUAUUUGUAAACUUCUCUAUCCUUAAAUUUAAAUUAUAAAAUCUACGUAUUUUGAUUUGUCACAAUGCUUAAAUUUAAUGAAAAUGCUAAGUUAAAUUAAUGUUGCCUUCUAUUGGCCAGGACGGAACAGAGAUAAAUUUCGACUCCUAUACCAUACUAGUUUCGUCUAUUGUUCUCUGUGCUUGGAUGUUUUCAGUAGCGGACAAACUUUUUACUUUUACUGCAAAAUUAUAUAUUUAUUAAAUUUAAACGGCAGAAAAAUCAAUCAAAAUAAAUAGUGCAAUCGAAUUCUAUUUUACAUCAUUUCUUUGUUUUUAUUUUUAAUUUAAUUACCCCAGGAUUAGGAAGCUAUAAAAAUGUAAUGAAAAAAUUUUAGUUUGUUUUCCAGAAAUGAAAAUAGAUAUAGUGGAACAUGUACAAUGAAAAAACAUACUUCAGACGUACAAAGGACGAAUAAAAUGAGACAUAUCCAAAUAAAAUAAAGUGAACCUCAGCAUGUGGGACGGCGCCCUUUAAGAGGGUCAAAAUAUUCCAUUUCUACAUUUUACUGUUUUGUUUGGUUGGUCGAUGUAAUAAUUAUAAUUCAAAAUACUGAAAGGUUGGCCAAAACAUUUAUAUAAACUUCGAUUUUCUGGCCUAAUAUUAGGCAUAAAAAUGUCACUUUCAGGAUUUAUCUCACAAAAUCACAUUUUACCUCCACUAAAAAAAUGUUUUUUUUCUUCCUAUUAGUCUCUUACUUUGGGCAAAUACAAAGAGUAAAGCAAACACUUUCAACUUUAACGAUGGCAACCCAACGGUGUUGUUGGCAUUUUUUCCAACCAAAAGACGGACAGUUCAAGGCCGGGAACAAACAACCAUAGCCUUGGAUGCCAGAAAAAUGUCCGUUAAUCUUGAAACAAAGCACCAACUGAUUGGAUAUCUCGAAUCUUAUUUUAUGGUGAUGCAACAAAUUCGUUUGCGUUGCAUUUUAGCCUAGACCGUUAUUGUAAAAUAAAAAUUUUUUAUCGUCUCUACAUACGCUCCGAUGCAAGGGCAUCGUAGUUUUCGAAAAACAAAGCGUUUGGCACUUAUAGAAAGCCAGGAUCGUACGCAGAAAAUCCUGACCUUUGAAUGGAUUAUUUCAAAAAGUGGUCCUACUAAAUCUUUAUGUGCAAACUCUGUUAGUUACAAAAGUGGAAAAUUGAGCAGAGCUCAUACAGAUGGCGCUGCCAGAGGAGGUUUAUUUCGCUAAACACCAGUCAAAACCAAAAGAAGGAAUCGACAAAAAUGGGACAGGAGUUAUGUCGGGUUCAAACGGACAGAACAAUUUCGGCCCAGAAAAAAUGUAAAUUGCAGUGUUAACCAUCGAAAUGCAGUACCAGAACUCCGAUAGUCCUUUAAAAAAACGCACUUUUCACGAUAUUUUUGUAAUUAUAUAGGCCGAUUUAAAUGAAAACAAGGAAGCGAAAAAUAUUACUUGGACCGAUCCUGCCCGUGCACACAUAAUAAAUAUACCAAAAAACCUUUCCACAUUUCUAUUUACAAAAUAAGCGUAUUAUAAAAUGGCAAUACGGUAUUUAUGUUUGUUACUUCCUGUUAUCGUUAUGAGCGCUCAAAUCCUAGUCGACACCGAGAACGGAAAGGUGAGGGGUAAAACGCUGACUAGCCCCUCCAACAAGACCUUCUACGCCUUCCAAGGUAUCCCAUACGCUGUCCCACCUAUCGGCGACCUAAGAUUUCAGGCUACCACAGCCUCUGGGAAAUGGGAUGGCAUAUUCGACGCUACCAAAGAGGGCAAGAGUUGCAUCGGGGCUGACUAUAACCACAACCCUGAAGACCAAAGUGAAAAUUGUUUAUUUCUCAACAUUUACACCCCGUCGCUGGAUCAAUCGGCAAAGUAUCCGGUUCUUUUUUGGAUUCACGGUGGGAGGUUCGUAGCCGGUACGUCCAAGUAUUCUAGAUACGGAGCCGACUACUUAGUCGACCAAGGAGUGAUAUUUGUUAGCUUGAAUUAUCGACUGGGUCCUCUUGGAUUCCUCUCCACCGAAGAUUUAGCGAUUCCCGGCAACGCGGGGCUAAAAGAUCAGCUCUUGGGUCUCGAAUGGGUCAAUAGAAACAUAGAGGCAUUCGGUGGGGACAGUCAAAAGAUCACUAUCGGGGGUCAGAGUGCGGGAGGCAGUUCGUGCGGUUUACUUGUUCUUAGCAAGAAGGCCAAAGGGUUGUUUCGGGCAGCCAUUUGCCAGAGUGGUUCUGGGUUGGAGGAAUGGGCGAUUUAUAAGUCUCCAAGGAAAUACGCUUACAAAAUGGCAAAUUUGAUAGAUAGCUCCGUGACGGCGCAGAGUCACAAUUCCGAGCAAUUGCUCGAGUUUUUGAAGCGACGCAGUGCUAGCUCCAUAAUACAUGCGACGGGAACACUGGGCGCAACCGAGCCGAAGGAAGACUUCGCAUUGUCACCUAAUAUUGAGGUCGACCACGAGGGGGCGUUAUUGUCUGAGUUUCCAUACGAACUCAUGCGGCGAGGAGACUUUAACCAAGUGCCGCUCUUGAUGGGGAUCACCUCCGAGGAAUUUCUAUUGUUUGCCGGACAACCCGGCAGACUGGAAUCAGACGCAGAGAGACUGGACACGAUUCCGGAUUACUGUUAUCCGUACCAUUUCGUACCGAAAGAUGGCGCCAAUGAAACGGAAAUUGUAAAAUACAUCAAGGAUAUGUAUUUGGCAAAGGGUCGAAAGUUUAGCGAUAAUCUAUACGACGUCGUAAGGUUCAGAAGCGAUCAGACGUUCAACAGAGGCGUCAUUAAACAUGCGGAAAUGCAGUCGAAAUUUACCGACGUAUAUUUCUAUCAGUUUUCAUUCAAAGGAUCGCUCAACCGACACUCUUUCGAUAUGUUAGGUGGUGAGAGUAAGUGCGCUCACGGAGACGACUUGGCCUAUUUAUUCAUAAGAGAUUCCAAUCCUGAAAAAGGCGACGGGGCGGACGAAUUGACGACAAAGAGGAUGGUUAGAAUGUGGACUAACUUCGUUAAAUAUCUAAAUCCCACUCCUGAUCAGUCUGACGAGCUGCUGCAAAAUCUUCACUGGCCCAAGGUGAAACCCGAUCGUUUCCCCUACGUUAACAUCGGUUCCAAUCUGGAAGUGCUGGAAAAUCCGAAAUCCGAGAUGUAUUCAAAGUGGAAUCACGUAUUUCAUACCUGGCACAGACAACCGUUCAAAACAUUCUAAACGAUUAAUUGAUAAAUAAAAUUUUUGUUAAAUAAAUGCUUCAUUU